CGCAGGCGCGAUUCCACUUUACGAUAGGUAUUCAUGUCGUGUCAGUCAUGUUAUGUUGGCAGCAUCGCUAACUGCAAUGUUGUGUCAGACUGGGAAACUGUUGAGGCUCAACCACUCACACUCGCUGUGCCGCCAUCUUCUACUGCAACCGAUAAGACACGUCAGAUGUGGUAAACUAGGACAUUACAAAGCACACUAAGUGAGCCAAAGUGACUAAAGAAAUCUGUUUACUGAAUGAAAAAUACGUUGAACAAAAGAAUUUUUAAUGUAUAUAGAUUUUUCAAAGUGCUUCAAGAAAUUAUCUUCCCUCAAAUUAAGCGGCAUCUGUAAAUACUAUUUUUUUAAAUUCACAGAUGUUCCUAUUCUUAUCACUACCAUCAGGACUUUAACCAUUAUCGUGGUUGUUGUUGUUGUGUUGUUGAUUGUGUUGCUGGAGGGGCGGUAUGAUGGCUCCGACUUAAAAGAGUUUCAGCCUCUAAUAUGUUGACAUCAACUUAAUGGACCUUCUACCCCAAAAUGACACUAGAAACGCGGUUUCGUAAAAGAUACGUUCUUCAUUAUUUGCUGCUUUGCUGUCUUCUAGUUCCAGACUUUGUUAAAAGUGAGAUAGUGUUACAAAACUUUGCUAAAAAUGAGACAGUGUCAAAAGACCUUGUUGAAAGUGAGACAGAGUCAAAAGACCUUGUUGAAAGUGAGACAGAGUCAAAAGACCUUGUUGAAAGUGAGACAGAGUCAAAAGACCUUGUUGAAAGUGAGACAGAGUCAAAAGACCUUGUUGAAAGUGAGACAGAGUCAAAAGACCUUGUUGAAAGUGAGACAGAGUCAAAAGACCUUGUUGAAAGUGAGACAGUGUCAACCAUCAUAAAAAUCAGGUGCGUUCGUCAGGAGCACCUCAUAUACAAGUGUGAGGAAAUCUCUGACCUGCUUCCUGACAAAACGUCUAAAGAUACUUUCAUGCGGCUAAUGGAGGAUAAAGUAAAUUGCUAUCGUGAGUUGAAACCAGAAGAAAGAACUCAACGACAUGACUCUAUUGGAUCUUUUCUUUCUGAUACAGAGGAGAAUUUGUUCAGAAGCGAUGCGAACGAGACUGAGAAGGAGACAGUUUCGCUGGCCUCUCGGCUUCUGGAGACAGUACAGGAGCUGGCGACCGCCAUUGCCAACGACUUACCUCCUGGAAAUAACACAACCAUCCAGGGUGGGAAAAUGUUGAUAUUCGGGAUCAAGGUGAACAUGAGUGUCAGUGUUGGUGCUAAAUUUCAAAACUUCCCCACCAAUUCUGAAGUGCCUCUCAGCGAUAUCUUUGAAAUUCCGUUCGCAAGCUUACAGGGCUUAAAGGGGGCUGUGCCUAUUUCCCUUGUGGUAAGCGACAGACUCGGGGCAUGGAUGACGCCCGAUGUGAGUGUCAAGAAUGUUAUCGUCUCACGCGUAAUUUCGGUGUCAAUAGAAGGACUUUCGGGUAACCUUUCCCAGCCAGUCAAUUUUACAAUGGCGCACUUGAAACAGGUGAAUGAUACCAGUCGUCAUUGUUCCUUCUGGCAACCCUCCACCAAGAAAUGGCUUUCCUCCGGCUGUAAGACGGAGAAAGUCUCUCAAAAUUAUACAUCGUGUAGCUGCAAUCAUCUGACAAGCUUCGCCGUGCUAAUGGAUGUUACCCCCUCCUUCGAUAACCACAAGGACCUUAGCAAUGACGGCAGCGGCGGCGCUGAUGACCAAGGCAGCGGUGGCGGUGGCGGCGGUGGCGGCGGUGAUGACGGCGACGGCAGGGAUGACGGUGGCGGCAGGGGCACAGGCAGCGGCAGAAGCAGCAGUAGUGACGAUCACGUUUUGUCCUACAUCACUACCGUGCUCUUGUCAAUCUCGAAUUGCCUACUUUUCUCAUUAAUUACCUUUGUCAGCUGCAAGUCCUUGUACAGUGAGCGCAACACCAUUCACAUCAACUUUGUGCUGUGUCUGGCAGCCGGACAACUAGUCUUCGUGCUCGGGAUCGACCAAACUGACAACAAAAUUAUCUGUGCUGUUAUUGCCGGACUUCUCCACUUCCUGUUCCUGUGUGCAUUUUGCUGGAUGCUGCUGGAGGGCCUGCAGAUUUACCGGAAGCUGGUGGUGGUGUUUGAUUCCAAAUUUUCAUGGACACCAGUAUUUUUCGCCAUUGGUUAUGGCGUGCCUGCUAUCAUUGUUACAUUGUGUGCAAGUGUUAACCGAAAGGGUUACGGAACUCCCACGAUGUGCUGGCUCAGCUUCGGAGAGAGGCUUUCACUGGAGCUUCAUCGGACCGGUGCUUGUGAUACUCGUCUUCAACAUUAUCAUGCUGUGCGUCGCUGUGCGAAUCAUGUGGCACCAUUUGACCUUUGGAACACUGCCACAAAAACAGGAGGACGAAAAGAUAUCUACAAUGAUCAAGGAUCUGCCAGCCUCUCUGUCCUGCUCGGGACAGGGUGGUUGUUAGGAGCGUUUCAAAUAGGUGCACUUAAAAUUGCCAUGGCUUACAUCUUCACUCUACUCAACAGUGUUCAAGGGAUAUUCAUCUUUGGCUUUCAUUGCCUAGGAAACUCUAAGGUUCGCAAGGAAUACAGGAAAGCCCUGAGACAGGCGACAUGGAUCCCGAUGCCAAUAAGAGUUGGUUUGUACAAGCUGGUGGCCACUCCUUCAACGGCCGAAAUGGAACCCAUCUCCACCUCAGGGGCUUCCGCUUCCGGCACCUUCACAAAAAUGUUCCAAUCCCAUCAAGAAGGUGGCAAGAUAAACCCCGAAAUGUCCACUUGUAUGACUAAUCUGCGAAGCAUUUCAAUCACCAGGGAAGAAAAGAGUUCUGAGCAAAUUACACAGUUUACAGAAAGAGUGGAUUCACAUGAACAAGCAGAUAAAGAUUCAAGAACUGACCCUCAAGAAGUACCAGAUGAAAAGCCCGAGAAAGUGGAAAAUGAGAAGAUGGAGAAAGCAGAGAAAGAGGAGAAGAUGGAGAAAGCAGAGAAAGAGAAGAAGGAUGGAGACAAGGAUGGAUGAAUGAAUGCCUUCACAGCCAGAGCAGGUGUAAGACAGUGUGACUGAAACUACAUCAAAGAGCGAGGUAUACUUUGCUCAGAAUUAAAACUGGUGGUUAGCCUGCCUCAGGUAGCAAUGACUGUGCACUGCAUGCGACGAACGUUGGAACACGUGUUACCACGUGACCAGACUGAAGACAGCCUUGAAAUGGAGACAGAUCUAUGAAUGGUGCAUUAUCGACAUCGAACUUAGUCGAUAUAUGUCAAUUCUAAGAUAUUUAGAAUGAGAAUUUGCGUGCGCGCAAAUCGCAGCAUAAUGCAAGCACUUUGGUACUUAAAUAACAUUUUGCUGCAAAAACAAGCAAGCAAACAAACAAACAAACAAACAACGGAUAAAAUAGGAGUGAAAUUAAGACAAAACACUAAUAAUGUUUGUGACCAUCUUAAUCACUGUACGUCGGUUAUCACAAUAAUCCACAAGCGCCGAGGAGCUACGAAAGCUACAGACCUGCCUCACGACAUUGUGUAAACAAGAGAUCACCAAGAUUUGUCUGCAAACACCGAGUAGAGCAUUAUGUCUUCAGAGAAACCAGACCUAACAUUUCAGGGCAGUUGCGACAUCAAACAAGAAGAACACUCAGCAGUCCCGACCGCAUACACAUGCACACUUACGCACGCACACACUCAUACACACGCACACAGUCUCACGCACGGACACACGCACGCACACACUCAUACACACGCACACAGUCUCACGCACGGACACACGCACUAGUUUUGAGUCGUGAAGAUAUUUAUGUUUAGAGGAGGACAACGUGUUGCGGUGAGGUCGCCCGAUAACUAAUCAAAUGUCGACUGUCACCUCAUACAAACAGCUGACAAUAGUAACACGUAAUGUCUAUGUGAUGGCUCGCUAGUCUUGAUGCCAUUACAACAAUCACUUGUAGAUUUUAGACAAUGUCAGCUGUUGAAGUAUUAUUGUAAAAAAUUUUCGUUGUGAAGUAAGAGCAAUAAUAAUAAUACUUAUAUACAUACAUAAGUCUUGGUAUCACAUAUAAAUGCAUACACCAGACACACCGACAGGUGGGUUACUCGGACGUUGAAAGUCUAUAUUUCACAUGCUACAUUAGCAGUUUUACAGAACCACGAGAAAUGCAGACUGUCAGCGUGACUGAAUAAUCCCAACUGUCGCUCGUUCUCUCUCUCUCUGGUUGAUGUUGACUGCAGGCAAUGUUGUUAAAAACACAGUAACAAAAAUAUAAUAGUGAAGAUGGUAUCUCUAAAACCUGAAACUAUCAUCAGAUAAUUAAAUAAGCAUACUAACUGUACAUUUGACAUAAUGGUCAAUAGAAGACAGUAAAGUCUGGUACAUUUGACUGCCUAAGGUCCUCAAGUACAAACUGUACUUGUACAUUCUGUCAUAAGACGAAGAAUGUGAGCUCUUUUGCCUCGGUGGGUAUUAUUGUAGUCCUUCACCAGAAGAAAACCCACUUGUGAGGACCAUUUUGUGUCUUUCACAUAGUUACAAUAUGACAUGAUCAGAGACUAGAAGUAAAGCGCUGGAUAUAGUUUCCAUCUCGACAGAAGACUUACCAAAUUUGUACUUUUCUGUCGUCUCGGGUAACAGACGAGACACUGCGAAGUGGUUGACUGCAACCUUCAACAACAAAUUAACAAAGUGGGAUCCUUCAUUAGAAUGUCUUACAGGAGUAACCAACUUUAAUACAAUUUCAAGAAAGCCAUAUUCUUUCGACGUACUAGAUCGGCCACAGUUGAUAUGCAUUUCAAAUUAGUCGUACUUCGCAUGCGCACUUCUUUUUACAUCCGGAAACAAACUGUACAGAAACGGCAAACGAUAGUUUUCUAGAUCUACCUGGGAAACAACUUGAAAAUUAAAUAUUAUCAAUAAA